AUGGCGAAGUUUGCGGGCGGUUCUCGCAUCAUUCGCAUCCUGAUGGUGAUGUUUGCCGGCUGCUUGUCUUUCAAGUUGUCGGAGCCGCCGAGCGGCACGGAGAAGCAGGGGGCUCCCGGACAUGUCGAGGGCCCCGAAGAUGCCAGCGGCGCUGAGGGAGAUGGCUUGGGCGGUCUCGGAAAGAACCUGAACUUCCUUCUUGUGAAGGUGGCGCAGCUCGAGGCUCUUGCCGAAAUGCAGCAAGCGGAGAUUGCCACACACCGCCUGGAGAUCGCAUUGCUUAAGAAAGAACGGCACAGCGGCUCCGACUCCCCGACCGCGGAGGUCUCCCCUUCCAAGCCCCGCAGCAUCUUGCUGGAGACGCAGUCGGAAGAGGAAGCCAAGACCCGGCUGGAGGAGACCACGGCGGUCCUGAAGAACGUCUGGCGGAAGCACGAGCACCAGCGCCGGACCGGACACUUCAAGGGCUCCGGCCCUGACCGUUUGCGUUCUGGCCCUGAGGCCUUAAGGGAGCGAGGUUUGAAGAACGAGACCGCAGGCCUCGCAGCCGAGAGUGAGGAGAAUGCCAUACUUCCAUUUGUUCCAGGUGGACGAAGAAGAGUUGUUCCAGUUCCGAGCUGGGCCAGCGAUCCGGUUGGGACCUUGGAGGACGGAUUUGCUGCAGCCUCUUCCACGGCUGACAAGGUGAACUAUGCCAAGGACCAGCUGGCCACGCACGCCUUCGACACCGUGGAGAAGGCCACGACGCUUUUGGAGAAUGUCCUCGGCCUCCCAGGCUUUUCGGACUUUUGGGUGAAGCUUCACAGGCCCCAAGCGCCAAGCUUCGACCUCAGUGGGAAGCUGAAGCUCGGGAAGAUCAAGAUUGAGAUCAAUCUGAUCAGUGCGAACAAGCACUGGGAGCUGGACUUGGGGACUAUCGACCUACCAGGAGGGCUGAAGACGAUACUCAGCACCUCUCUCGCGACUGUUCAGGGGGCCAUGAGCCUUGGAGGGGAGCUCCAGGGUUGCUCGAAUUGGCACUUGCCUGGUGAAGCCGUGAAGUGCAUCGGGAACAAGAUCGUCGAUUUGUUUGCCCAGCUUAAGGAGGUGGCCAGCACCGCUCUCGCGACUGUUCAGGGGGCGAUGAGCCUUGGAGGGGAGCUCCAGAGUUGCUCGAAUUGGCACUUGCCUGGUGAAGCCGUGAAGUGCUUUGCGGGCAAGACGAUCGAGAAGGUGGAGGAGCUGAACUUUCCUGGAAACAGCGCCGUCCAGCAAGUUCAGAAGAUGAUCACGGUGGGACGGGACUUGGACUGUAUGAAUUGGCAUGUGAACGGUGGCCUCGUCACGUGCCUUGGCACCAAGAUCAUCGACAAGGUUCCUCCGCUGAAGGCCACGGUCAAUGUGGGCCAUGAGCUUUCUACCUGCUCCCAGCAGACGGGGGAUGCGCUUAUGCAGUGCCUCGGCACUAUUAUCAUCGAAAACACCCCUCCCUUCAGCUACAUGAGCCAUCUGGGUGAUGUGCUCUCCGAGUUCCUGGAGGGCUUCGCGAAGAUGGCGGGCUCGGUGGCCAAGCAGGUCCUGAAGGGCAGCAGCUCCUUGAUCCAGGAGGCGGCCCUCUCGAAGUUCCCGGCCAUAGGAGCCCCAGCCGCGGUGCACCACUCAGCUCAAAGCCUUGUGAUCACGAAGCAUACCCAGAAGCAGCAGGGGAAGCUCUCGACACUACAGAUGGAGGGCGAAGCACCGAAAGAUGGCAUCUCCUUCAGAAUGCACGACGAGGGGUCCAACUAUCAGUCCAAGCUGAUCACCCAGUUCCACGGCUACGAAAGGGACACCAGCUCCUGCCUGGCCUUUGCCCCAAAAAGCCGGCAGCAAGCUGGCCAGGUGAGCGAAUCAGACUGGCAGGUCACCGACCCCAACGACUUUGUGCAACUGGAGCCCUGGGCCGUGCCCUGCGGCACCGACUGGAUGAAGGAACACGAAAGCAGGUGGCAAGGCUACUCCUUCUACACGGGAGAGCUGAAUAUCGAGCAGUGCGUGACAGUGUCCUACAGUGUGAACGUGCAGCCUGUCUUUGCCUUUGUGGCCGGGGUGCAGAUUGAUGUGAUGCCCAAGCCAUUGGUUUCUGUGGAAGCGACUGUCUGCUGGCCCAAACAGCGUCCCGACGGCCAGGACCUGAGCAUGCUGCGGUUGAAGAUCUCGACCACCGGCGUGCUACUCUUUGCCAAAACACUCCGCUUGGCCAAGCGCUAUAGGGACCCCACAGACUUCGUGGACCACCAUGGCCACUUGCACCGCACCAUGGCCAACUGGGAGCAAGAAACAAACCCCCGAGUUUCGAUAAGCCGCACAAAGCUGAUGCAGAUGGAGGCCCAUCAGACCCACAACCAGUCGCACCAGGCUGGAAAGGACGAGGGGGAGCAAGGAGUCUUCGAAUGGAUGGAAGACGAGGUAGGAUCGCACUGCACCACCCGAGGUACAAUGGGUUCAUGA